CCCCUCGACGCGAAUGCCCAUUGCCUUUCUUGGAUCGCGACUGCGCUGCGCUGGCAGCUCUCGAGACUUGAGACUCGGUCGCCGGUUCUCGAUAUCCCAGCUUCCCAUGGAGGCUUCACCACUCACCCGCCAACUCCCCCCGGAGGUCUUUACCCCGAAGAUCAUCCAGCUCUACGACUCGCUGUUCAAGUACGAUGACGUCGACGAGAAGACGGACGGCUUCUGGGCCGAGUUCUUCCUCCUGCGACCCGACCGAGCUAUCCUGAGGAGCACCUUGAGCAAGCUGAGCCCCAACGAUGUCCUGCUUCUCGAGGACCGGACGAGGGAGCUGUUUGUGAGAGCGAUAGCAACAGUCAAGACUGGACAUGGAGUGGCGCCGCUACAUGCGCUGGACACCCUGAGUGUCUUCCUGUCCUGCCUCCUGUGCAAGAGAUACCCCCACCCGAGCUCCGAUAUCAUGGUUGUACUGGCCGGCCUCGACCAUAUCGAUAGUGUCUUUACUGAGUUCGUCGGAGCGCUGGACGGAAUCGUCCGGAACGGCAAGACCUUGGAAAUCCGGUAUAGGGCUGUGGAAGUGCUCUUGGCAGUUACGGCGGGGGCCUAUCAGACGACUCUCCUGACCUAUCUGAUCCAGAGAGAUUUGUUCCCCUCAGUCAUGAAGCUGAUCCAAGACUCCGACUCCCCAACCCACAUCCUUGAGCCCUUUACCCUCAUUGGCCUGCUUACCAACUACAACAAGUUCGAGUUUCAGAACCCCUACCAACUCCGUCUGAAUGACUUUGUGAACGAGGCCGCGAUCCAGAAGAUCAUCAGAUCUGUUGGCAACACCUGCCAAACCGUGCGAUCACGGUACAUCAAGAUCCAGGAUGACCUGCCUGAGGGCUGGACUUUUAGCGGCACUCUGAAUAUGAUCGGACUGGGAGCUAUCGCACCUGGGCCUAAGCCGGUUAAGAAGCCGGUCUACGAUGUUGAGACCGCGAAGAGGCUAUUCACUCAGCUACCAGAAGAACAAGCCGCUGUCCUGUUGGCAACAUAUGACUUCGCUCAUGCCAACAAACUGUUUUGCUUCAAUCUGGUGACAAUGGCUGCUGAAAAGGACGAAGAGCAGCCCAUCGCCAGCUACCUUUCCCUAACCUCCUAUCUCCUGCAACACGCAUACCUGUCUCCCCGUGCCACCUACUACGCCCACCUUAAUAUCAUGGUGCUACGCCUUCUCAUAGAGGACCCUGUGAUCUGCAAGCGCAUCUGCAGUGAAGACUCCAAGGUGCCGGUGCGCCUGUGCCGGCAGCGCCAGCCCUUCUUGCCGCUGGUCAAGGGCGAGCGCGUCCUUGCCGUCUCGGUCCUCGACACAAUGAUCGAUGCCAUUAACCACAACCUCCGGAAGCGCCUCGAUGUCAGCCUCUAUACUCUCUGUUUUGGCAUUAUGAUGCGCAUCAUCUCCUACCUCUCCCGCACACGCACACGCCUCGAAUACCACUGGGGCGAGUUCUUUCGUUCUCUGCUUUCCAUCAUCCGCUUUCUUGCUACCUACACAUCUGAUCUUAAGGAUCUGCCGCACAUUGAAACCCUCCUCGACCACGUCGUCAAUCUUAUUGCCCUGUCUCUCUCUGCCGGCGAGGCCUUCCUCCCCACCCCCGCCGCCUACGACGACCUCUUCUAUAAGGUCGUCGAAUCGGGCGAGGUGCUUACCAAGUUUAAGGAGAACUACCGCCUAGCGAACCGCGGCAGCAACUCCAUCGACACCAUCAUCACCGUCAGCGCUCACUACAAGCAGAUGCUCUCCGAGGGUGGCGGCCGACGGAUCAGCUUGACCACCCAGGAGGUCACCGAAGUGAUCCGCCAGGGUUACGAGACGCUGAGCAUUCAGGCCAAGGAGGGGUUGGAUACGUGGGAGCGGUAUCGCGAGGCGGAUGAGAGGACACUGCUGAAGAAGAUGGCUAGGGCAGCUGUAGGGGAUGUGCGCGCCAUGGUUGAGCGAUAGAUUGAAUACCGACAUCUCUUUGCCGACUUAUGUAGCAGCGCAUCCGUGCUAUGCAUUGAUGCUUUGGCUUGUUACGAACUCACGGCUCUGUGAAGUCGGGAUCUACUUGGCUUUGGGAAAAGGAUGGUAUAUCUCAGCCUGAGCGCUGUCAGGUCUCAUUCUAACGAUCACGACGGGGCAUUGAUGGCAAGGAGCAAAAUUGAAAGAUCAUGAAUGGAAAUUUGCCAGAAAUAAACAAAAUAUCCUAGUCAUUUUCAGCUCCGGGAUAAUUGAUGGCGUCGGAACUUCUCAAGCUCUCUCAUCAUCUACCAUUCCCUCCAGCACUAUGAGAAUGGAUGUAGGAAAAUGGAAAAGAAACCGAGAAUAGACAUUUAGCGUUGUUAUAUUUCCAUUCAUUUAUUAUUUUAUGCUAUUA